AUGGAAGCGUGCCCUGAAGGCUGGUACGGUAAAUUAUGCCUAUCACGUUGUCUUUGUAAGAACAAUGCAACAUGUGACCGCUCCAAAGGCACCUGUACUUGUGGACCUGGCUUUCAUGGUGAUAUUUGCGACCAAGAAUGCCCGUUUGGCACACAUGGCUUGCAGUGUAAAAAUGAAUGCAGUUGUGAGAAUGGUGGUCUAUGUGAUACAGUUACUGGUCAAUGCAAUUGUGGGCUUGGUUGGACGGGAAAAUUUUGCGAGCAAGAAUGUCCACCAGGUAAAUACGGUCCAAACUGUAAACAUGAUUGUUAUUGCCAACAUGGAGGAAUCUGUGAUAAAAUCACUGGGUGUUGUAGCUGUCCAUCCGGGUACUAUGGAUCUUCUUGUCAAUUUGCCUGUCCCGAUGGUCGCUAUGGUUACGGUUGCUUAUACCACUGUGAUUGCAUGGGGACGUUUUGUGAUCACGUGACGGGUAAAUGUAUAUGUUUCUCCGGCCAAACAGGAGAAAGAUGUGAAAAAGGAUGCAAAAAAGAAAAUUUUGGCGUUCAAUGCUUGAACAAGUGUGAUUGUUUACCGAAUGGAAAUUGUCAUCCUUCAUCUGGCACUUGUAAAUGUGAUCGGAAACAUUUUGGUGCCAAAUGUAGCCAUCAUGUGGACAAGAUUGAAAGAGCGCAUUUUCCUGUUUAUAUCUACAAACCUGUCUUGUGA